UCUAGUCGACUUGUGAGCCGGGAGAAAAACGGAGGCCUCCAGUUUGCUUCAUCGCCAUUGGAGAGGAGAGCUCAUCGGGUGCGGAGAAGGGGAGAUCGAUGGCGACGUGCUCCCGCCCACUCUUCGUCCCCGCUUCCGCCGCCGCCGCCUCGCCGUCGCCGGCCGCAAGCCGUCGGGGCGCUCCUCUCGUACGCCUGCACGCGGUGGCAAUUGUCUCGAUAUGGGAACCUCGUCGUCAUCUGCGUGCUCACAUGAGCCUCUGCUGUAAGGCAACGAGGAGGUCCAGUGGUGGUUUAACUACUGGACAUCCUAUCUCCGCAUUGCCGCGGGCAAUAAAGAGAAUACUGUCAAGCUAUCCUUCCCUGCUCACCAGCCUGGGUGGUAAUCUUGCUCGAGGCUACAAGGCAGCCAAGCCCUUCCUGUCAAUUGGCUUUGGCCGUGUGGUUUUGGGGAUGGUGCUCGUCAUGUCUGUAUCUGCAGCCACCUAUACAGCACCUUCAUCAUUGGCACUCACGGAGGAAAAUUUGCUUUUUCUGGAGGCUUGGCGUGCAGUUGAUCGUGCAUAUUACGACAAAUCUUUCAAUGGGCAGAGUUGGUUUAGAUACCGUGAAAAUGCUCUCCGCAAUGAACCAAUGAAUACACGGGAAGAAACAUAUGCUGCAAUAAAGAAAAUGCUUUCAACAUUGGAUGACCCAUUCACUCGUUUCUUGGAACCCGAGAAAUUCAAGAGUUUGCGGUCUGGCUCGCAAGGAACACUCACAGGUGUAGGUUUAUCAAUUAGCUACCCAAUGGCGCUAAAUGGAUCUCCUUCAGGGCUUUCUGUUAUGUCAGCAACCCCAGGAGGUCCUGCAGAAAAUUCUGGUAUUCUUCCUGGAGAUGUAAUAUUGGCAAUUGACAACAGAAGCACGGAAGAUAUGGAUAUAUAUGAUGCAGCACAACGCUUACAGGGUCCUGAAGGAAGCUCAGUGGAUUUGGAUAUUCGUAGUGGGUCCAAUACCAGGCAUGUUGUUCUGAAGCGACAAACUGUCACUUUAAAUCCGGUAAGGUCGAGGAUGUGUGAGAUUCCAGGUGCAAAAGACAAUUCAAAGGUUGGUUACAUUAAAUUGACAACUUUCAACCAAAACGCCGCAGGAUCUGUUAAGGAAGCACUUCAGAAAUUAAGGGAGAACAAUGUGAAGUCUUUUGUGUUGGAUCUGCGGAAUAACAGCGGUGGCCUUUUUCCUGAAGGAAUCGAAAUUGCAAAGAUUUGGAUGGACAAGGGUGUUAUUGUAUACAUAUGUGAUAGCCAGGGUGUUCGUGACAUUUACGAGGCAGAUGGAAUUAGUACGGUUGCUGCAUCGGAACCUUUGGUCGUGCUGGUAAAUAAAGGGACCGCAAGCGCAAGUGAGAUCCUUGCUGGAGCACUGAAAGACAAUAAAAGGGCAGUGAUAUAUGGGGAACCAACAUACGGCAAAGGGAAGAUCCAAUCGGUGUUUGCGUUAUCUGAUGGCUCUGGCUUAGCUGUGACCGUUGCGCGCUAUGAAACUCCCGCGCAUACUGACAUAGACAAGGUCGGCGUGAUCCCGGACCGCCCGCUGCCGGCGUCAUUCCCCACGGAUGAAGACGGCUUCUGCAGCUGCCUCAGGGACUCCAACUCUGCCUGCAAUCUUAACGCUGCUCAGCUGUUCACAAGAUGACGACGCCAGGGCUAGAGAAAGGCUCAAUUUGGCCAAAAAAAAUUUUCGCAGUUUGGACUGACCGAGUUCCAUCAAACCAUGUUAAUUGUUUAUUUGUUUUGUUUAACGUUUAUCUAGAAUCCCAAUUGUAGCUUCCUGGUGGAAUCAUGCAGUUAAAUGUCACUGUAAAUCAUGUUUAACUGUAAAUCAUUUUUUCCCCCGCUUAACACUUGGGAACACA